UCAGAUAACUUUUAUGUGGAUGACUUUGCUCGAUUUACCACGUUGGAUUCUAAAGAUAAGACAGCUGCUGUUGCAAACAGCAUGACCUACUUAACAAAGAAAGGAAUGUCUUCCAAGGAGAUUUAUGAUGAUUCCUUUGUUAGACCAGUUACUUUCUGGAUUGUUGGUGAUUUUGAUAAACCUUCAGGGAGGCAAUUGUUGUAUGAUGCAAUUAAACAUCAGAAAUCCAGCAAUAACAUUAGAAUUAGCAUGAUUAAUAAUCCUAGUGAAGAUCCAAACAGCCAGAAUACACUUGUCGCUAAAGCCAUAUGGGCAGCCCUACAGACACAAACGUCAAAUAACGCCAAGAACUUCAUCACCAAAAUGGCAAAAGAAGAAAUUGCAAAGGCAGUAGAGGCAGGAGCCGACAUUUUGGAAUUUGCUGUUGGGGGUAUGGAUAUCAAUAUCUUCAAAGAAGCCUUUGAAUCUCCCAAGGUGGAUUUUAUUCUGUCCCAUGCUAUAUAUUGCAGAGACGUUCUAAAGCUGAAGAAGGGGCAGAGGGCUGUGAUCAGCAAUGGAAGGAUUAUUGGCCCAUUAGAGGAUGGUGAGAUGUUCAAUCAGGAUGAUUUUCAUCUCCUUGAGAAUAUCAUACUAAAGACAUCAGGACAGAAAAUCAAAUCUCAGAUUCAGCAGCUGGGAUUCGAAGAAGAUCUUGCAAGUGACUUGGUAAUGAAAGUGGAUGCUCUCCUUUCUGCUCAACCAAAAGGAGAGGCAAGGAUUGAAUAUCAUUUUUUCGAAGAACGAUACAGUGCAGUUAAACUGAGACCAAAAGAGGGGGAGACAUACUUUGAUGUUGUGGCUAUUGUCGAUCCUGUGACUAGAGAUGCUCAAAGACUUGCUCCGUUACUUUUGGUUUUGAACCAAUUGAUAAAUAUGAACCUAAGAGUGUUUAUGAACUGCCAGUCCAAGCUUUCUGACAUGCCACUGAAAAGUUUUUAUCGUUAUGUUUUGGAGCCGGAGAUUUCUUUCACAGCAGAUAACAACUUUGCUCCAGCACCAAUUGCUAAGUUUUUGGAUAUGCCCCAGUCUCCACUGUUCACUUUGAACCUAAAUACUCCUGAGAGCUGGAUGGUGGAAUCUGUCAGAACCCCCUAUGACCUUGAUAAUAUUUACUUAGAGGAGGUGGAUAAUGUUGUAGCUGCAGAAUAUGAACUGGAGUAUCUGCUUCUGGAAGGACACUGCUAUGAUAUUACUACGGGACAGCCACCUCGGGGACUCCAGUUUACACUGGGAACUUCAACCAGUCCCAUCAUUGUUGAUACCAUUGUUAUGGCCAACUUGGGUUACUUCCAGUUAAAAGCCAAUCCUGGUGCAUGGACUCUGAGACUGAGAAAGGGCAGAUCUGAGGAUAUCUACAGAAUCUACAGCCAUGAUGGCACAGACUCUCCACCUGAAGCUAGCGAAGUUAUUGUUGUUCUCAACAACUUCAAGAGCAAAAUUAUUAAAGUGAAGGUUCAGAAAAAAAUAGAUAUGAUGAAUGAAGAUCUACUAAGUGAUGGCACCAGUGAGAAUGAAUCUGGAUUUUGGGAAUCUCUCAAAUGGGGAUUCACAGGAGGACAAAAGAAUGAAGAUGCAAAACAGGAUAAAGACGAUGUACUAAACAUAUUCUCUGUGGCUUCAGGACACCUAUAUGAAAGAUUCCUACGCAUAAUGAUGUUGUCUGUGCUGAAACAUACUAAGACUCCUUUAAAGUUUUGGUUUCUGAAGAACUACUUAUCACCUACAUUCAAGGAGUUCAUCCCGUACAUGGCAGAGAAGUAUAAUUUCCAGUAUGAGCUUGUCCAGUAUAAAUGGCCACGCUGGCUUCAUCAACAAACAGAGAAACAGCGUAUCAUCUGGGGUUACAAGAUCCUCUUUCUAGAUGUGCUCUUCCCAUUAGCUGUUGACAAAAUCCUGUUUGUGGAUGCUGAUCAGAUUGUGCGUACAGAUCUAAAGGAAUUAAGAGAUUUCAAUCUAGAUGGUGCUCCUUAUGGAUAUACUCCAUUCUGUGACAGCCGAAGAGAAAUGGAUGGCUACAGGUUCUGGAAAUCGGGAUACUGGGCAAGCCAUUUAGCUGGAAGAAAAUAUCACAUCAGUGCUCUGUAUGUUGUGGAUCUGAAGAAGUUCAGAAAGAUAGCAGCUGGAGAUCGACUCAGAGGACAAUAUCAGGGUCUUAGUCAGGAUCCUAACAGUCUGUCCAACCUUGAUCAGGAUUUGCCAAACAAUAUGAUCCACCAGGUGCCAAUUAAAUCACUCCCACAGGAGUGGCUGGGGGGUGAAACAUGGUGUGAUGACUCCUCAAAGAGGAGAGCAAAAACCAUUGAUCUGUGUAAUAACCCAAUGACCAAAGAGCCCAAGUUGCAAGCAGCGAUGCGUAUAGUUCCAGAAUGGCAGGACUAUGAUCAAGAAAUCAAACUGCUCCAAGGUCUUUUCCAGAAAGAAAAGGAAACGGGAACACCAGCUAAGAUGCCAGGACACCACACACACGAUCCAGCAGCACAUGUGGAAUUAUGAUCCAUGGAGAAAAACUCAAGUUAGACUGUUUCAUAGACAAUUUUUAUAUUGAAAGCUAGUUUUUUCCAGUAUGUCUGCAAAACUGCUGAAUAAUUGAAUGGGAUGAUGUAUGCAUUUUUAUUACUUGCCUUUGGGUUAAUUUCUGCAUAUGAAAUAGGAUCUGGAUUGCUGGAAUUAGCAUUACUGUGUUUUUGCACCUGUGGUGGAGAUGAAAGAGCCCAUGAUGGAAUUUAGCAUUUCAGAAACAAAACUUCAAAAUCCACUGGAAAAGCCACAGCCUGUUCCUUCAGCUGUUGCUACCUCCACCACUGAUGAAGAUCCUGUUAGCCUCAGAUCUAACUUGAGAGCCUGGAAAUCGCAGACCCAGUGAGCUGUGGGCUAGAACAAAAGUCCUAACCUCAUCCAAUGGAGAUAAUGUUUCCAGGUAACAUUAAAAGGCUCAGACUCAUCCCUUGAAUUUGGGAUACUGUUUCAUCUGCAGGUUUUCAAACGG